GAGAGGCGAGCGGCAGCGGUGUCCCGGUGCUUCUUACUGUAACAUCACUGUAUGACAGUCUGGACCGAUAAACAACUGCUGCUGCAUCGUGCUGCCACAUUAUAUAGAUUAAUUUGUGUUUAUAGUUCGUUAGUUGUUCAUUUGACAGGGUGCUUCAGGUCGUCACAAUGACAGCCCUGUCGCUGCUUUUGAUGGCCGUGUCGGCCGUGUCUGCCCUGGCCGAGUCUACUGUGUAUUUCCGAGAGCAAUUUGAAGACGGGGAUGCCUGGACGAGUCGCUGGGCUGAAUCCAAGCACAAGUCAGACUAUGGCAAGUUUGUGCUGACGGCAGGGAAAUUCUAUGGAGAUGCAGAGAAAGACAAAGGUCUGCAGACGAGCCAGGACGCCCGCUUCUACGCCUUGUCAACCCGUUUUGAUGAUUUCAGCAACCAGGGCCAGCCUCUAGUCAUCCAGUUUUCUGUGAAACAUGAGCAGAGCAUUGACUGUGGUGGAGGCUACAUUAAACUGUUUCCCUCUGACGUCAACCAGGAUGACAUGCAUGGAGACUCUGUCUACAACAUCAUGUUUGGUCCUGAUAUUUGUGGCCCUGGCACAAAGAAAGUUCAUGUUAUCUUCAACUACAAAGGCAAGAACCAUCUGAUUAACAAGGACAUCAGAUGCAAGGAUGAUGAGUACUCCCACUUGUACACGUUGAUUGUCAACCCUGACAACACUUAUGAGGUCAAGAUCGACAAUAAGAAGGUUGAGUCUGGCAAUCUGGAGGACGACUGGGACUUCCUGCCUCCAAAAAAAAUGAAGGACCCUGAAGCCAAAAAGCCAGAGGACUGGGACGACAGGGAGAAGAUUCCUGACCCUGACGAUAAGAAACCAGAGGAUUGGGAGAAGCCUGAGAACAUCCCAGAUCCUGAUGCUAAGAAGCCUGAUGACUGGGAUGAUGAGAUGGACGGAGAAUGGGAGCCACCUAUGGUCACCAACCCUGAUUAUAAGGGUGAGUGGAAACCCAGAGAAAUCAACAAUCCUGCCUACAAGGGCAAGUGGAUCCACCCUGAGAUUGACAACCCGGAGUACACAGCCGACUCUGAGAUCUAUAAAUACAACAGCAUUGGUGUGAUUGGACUCGACUUGUGGCAGGUCAAGUCUGGUACCAUCUUUGACAACUUCCUGAUCACCAAUGACCCGAACCUAGCAGAGGAAGUAGGCAACGACACAUGGGGUAAAACUAAGGAUGCAGAGAAGAAGAUGAAGGAAAGCCAAGAGGAAGAGGAGAGAAAGAAACGUGAGGAGGAGGACAAGAAGAGGAGAGAAGAGGCAAAGGAGGAAGACGAGGAGGAAGAGGAGAAAGAUGAGGAGGAAGAGGAAGACGAAGAGGAGGAGGGGGAAGAGCCGGAGGAGGAAGAAGAGGAGGAAGAUGAAGGCACAGACUCUAAACUCAAGGAUGAGUUAUAAACUCCGUGCAGGAACUGCUUAGAGAAGAACCUGACUCUCUGAGUCGGUGAGCCAUUGGAAAAAGGCUGGUGACUGAGAUGAUAGACCCUCAUGACUGACACCCUGGGGUGGGGUUGGGUGGGAUGGGGUUUUUCAUUAGUUUUUUUGUUUACAAAGCAAGGGAAGAGGCAAAAAGGGCAAUUGCUGUUCUGUUUCCUGUUUCCAUGUGCAACUACUAUUAUUAUUAUCGUUAUUAAAUGAGGAAUAGUAAUGGAAAAGAAUGAAGAUGUCAUAAAGAAUGUCAGGACCGGAAAUUCUAAACCUAAAUUGUUUCGCAUUUGUACCCAGAAAUAUAAAAAUGGUCAUUUCUGUUUGGAAAAAUCUGGGUCUUAAUGAAGUAUAAUGUUGUGGUGACAUGAAAAGCUAUAUUUGGUAUGUGAACGAUACCGUGUAAAUGUUUUGUUUACCUCAUGUGUUUUAUUUUUGUCUUAUUAAUCUGUUUCAUGUCUUUUUGUUUUUGUUAAUCUUUUGUAGUCAGUCCUGUUACUGUCUCAAGUUCCUCUUCAUGUUGAUAUCAAGGGAUUCAACAGAGUCAGACAUCAUUAUGCAGGUUAUUCUGCCUACUCUUAUUUAAACCUCUCCUGAUCCAGACAAGGGUUAAUGGCAUGGGGACAAGAGUGCAAAAGGACUAACACUAUACGUUUGACAACCUGUUCAAAAAAGCUGUCGUCCAUAAGGUGGUAAUAUGGGGUGCUUUAAGAUGAAAUCCCUUGCAUAGUUUUGUACUGUAAAGUUAACACUUUUUCACUUCAAUGCACAUACUGUAGUCUUGUGUGUCUAAAGAAACUGUUCUCAAACUCAGACGUACAUUUAAAGCACGCCAGUAGCAGGAAAGCCUUCGUUCAUUCGGUACGCAUUUACUUAUGGUUUACCCAUUGUUGGUGUACACAACAAAUUUCCCCAUUUCUGAUGCCAACAUCUCUGCACUGCUGUACCCCCAACAUACUGUCACAGUCUGAAAGAUGACCCUUUUGUAAAAGAUACAUUUUGUACUAAUGGUAGUAACUGAAGUGGGAAGAUUUUCAUGUUGCUGUGUAAAAAACAAACAAAAAAAAAAAAGACAGAUGUUCUGUCCAAUAAAAACAACU